AUGUCGGUUGACAAGGACGUUAUCGCCAAGAUUGAGGAUGGAUACACCAAGCUCCAGGGAGCUGCCGACUGCCACUCACUUCUGAAGAAGCACCUGACCCGUCAGGUGGUCGAUGACCUGAAGGAGCGCAAGACCGCUCUCGGCGCCAACCUCCUCGACGUCAUCCAAUCGGGAGUGGCCAACCUCGACUCUGGAGUCGGAGUGUAUGCCCCUGAUGCCGAGUCGUACACCACCUUCAAGGAGCUGUUCGACCCGAUCAUUGAGGAGUACCACAAUGGCUUCAAGCCCGACCAGAAGCAGCCGGAUACCGAUCUUGGGGAGAGCAAGGUUGGCGAGCUCACCGAUCUUGACCCGGAGGGCAAAUACAUCAACUCGACCCGCAUCCGUUGCGGACGUUCCCUCGCCGGAUUCCCCUUCAACCCUUGCCUCACCGAGGCCAACUACCUCGAGAUGGAGAAGACCGUCCGCAACAUCUUCGACAACCUCAAGGAGGGCGAGCUCGCUGGCAGCUACUAUCCCCUUGACGGCAUGACCAAGGAAGUCCAAACCCAGCUCAUCGCUGACCACUUCCUCUUCAAGGAGGGCGAUCGCUUCCUGCAAGCCGCCAACGCAUGCCGUUUCUGGCCAAAGGGACGUGGUAUCUACCACAACAAGGAUAAGACCUUCCUCGUCUGGGUCAACGAGGAAGAUCAUCUCCGCAUCAUCUCCAUGCAGAACGGCGGAAAUGUCGGACAGGUCCUUGAGCGUCUGAUCAAGGGUGUCAAGACCAUCCAGGAGCAGGCCCCAUUCUCGCGCCACGAGCGUCUCGGAUGGCUCACCUUCUGCCCAUCCAACCUCGGAACAACGGUCCGUGCCUCGGUUCACAUCCGUCUGCCCAAGACCUCUGCCCGCCCCGACUUCAAGUCGAUCUGUGAUGGCCUGAAGCUCCAGAUCCGUGGUAUCCACGGCGAGCACUCCGAUUCUGAGGGCGGAGUUUAUGAUAUCUCCAACAAGGCUCGCCUUGGUCUCACCGAAUACGAAGCCGUCAAGCAGAUGUACGACGGUGUCAAGCAUCUCAUCGACCUCGAGAAGCAGGCCGAGACCGCC